GAAAAUACUUAUUUAUGAAGGUUUUUCAUUUCUAAAAAAGAAAUUUACAAAUGUAAAUUGAAAUAUUCUUAUAUUGGAAUAAUAUGGCUCGAACCAACUUCAGAGGUGUGUCAUGUUUGCAACAAACGCGGUGUUCUUUCUUGUAGCAUAUCUAACAUUUUUUUAAGUUAAUAUUUCGUAAAGGAUGCUCGCGUUAGGACCUAAAAAAGACGGUGGACCCAAUACGAAAUUUUUUGAGUCCCAGGAAAUUCUCACACAACUCGAUGGAGUUAAACAAUGGCUCUUAAAAAACUGCAAAAAGUAUGUCCAAACUGAUCCUCCUACUAACAAAACCUUAGCUACAUUGAUAGUACAAUUACUACAAUUUCAAGAAGAUAAUUUAGGAAAGAAUGUUUCAAAACCACCAAUGACAAGACUUCCUAUGAAAUGUUUCUUAGACUUUAAACCUGGAGGUGGUUUAUGUCAUAUUCUUGCCACAGCAUAUCGUUUUAAACAAGAACAAGGAUGGCGUCGAUUUGACUUCCCUGUUGGAAAGUCAGGAUCUCGUAUGGAUAGGACAGUGGAAAUGUUAAUGGCAGCUGAACGAGCAUUGGUACAGAAUCGAUGCAUGGUUAUACCAAGUGUGUAUGUAAAACCUGAUGUGGACAAGUCAACAGCAGCGAAAGUAAAAGAGGUUGUCCGCCGACAUCAAGGUAGUAUUGCUGAAAAUGAAGCAGACGCAACGCAUAUAAUUUAUCCUCCAGUUGAUCCUAUGGAAGAAGAGUAUGCGCGACCUUGUAUGAGACGAGAACGAUCUGUUCUUCUUCAUUGGUACUAUUUCCCAGAUAGUUAUGAUUCUUGGACUACAUUAGAUCUUCCUUGGGACUUUCCAGAAGGUACACUCACAAGUACAAAUAUGAAGUCAAUAUACAAAGUAUCUGCAACAUGGGCAUUAGAUUUGGAUCAGUAUAAUGAAUGGAUGAACGAGGAAGACUAUGAAAUAGAUGAAAAUGGCCAAAAAAAAAUACACAAAUACCGUCUUUCGGUGGAAGAUUUAAUGGCUCAACCAUCUCAUCCCCCACCUUCAGCGAAAAAACCGAAAAGAAAACGAUCUCCUAGUCCAUCACCAAAACCAGGAAAACGCAAAAGUGCUAGAGCACCAUCGAGUGUUCAAAGUACAUCUUCAUCGUCGCUUACAACUCCAAAAAAAUCUCGUGGUGGUGGAGAAGAGGAAGAUGACCUUACUCAAGCAACUGGCACUACUUUAACAACAACGGGUAGUAAAAAACAAGAUAACGAGCUUCAGCCGCUCAAAUCUGGUAAUAUGGCAGACUUAGAUGAACCUAUGGAAGGGGAUAAAGGAAGUUCUCAAAGUACUCAAGAUAGAGAAGAACGCGACGCAAGUAAAGAAAGGGGAGAAGGGAAUAAAGGAGACGAACCAGAAGAUAACGUUACUGAACAAACGCACCAUAUUGUUGUUCCUAGUUAUUCUGCUUGGUUUGAUUAUAAUUCGAUCCAUACUAUCGAGAAAAGAGCUUUAUCCGAGUUUUUUAAUGGUAAAAAUAAAUCUAAGACGCCAGAAAUUUAUCUUGCAUACAGAAAUUUUAUGAUCGACACAUACAGAUUAAAUCCUACAGAAUACAUUACCUCAACUGCUUGUAGACGUAACUUAGCAGGUGAUGUAUGCGCCAUUAUGCGUGUACAUGCAUUUUUGGAACAAUGGGGACUUAUUAAUUACCAAGUAGACGCAGAAUCAAGACCAACACCCAUGGGACCACCUCCAACAUCGCAUUUCCACGUAUUAUCAGAUACCCCAUCGGGCUUAGCACCGGUUAAUCCGAACCCUCCCAAAACACCGCAACCUUCAGCAGCGAAGACAUUACUCGAUUUAGAAAAAAAAUCAUCUGGUCUAGGAACAGAGGAAAAAGUUUCAGCUGGUGUUAUGGCAAAUUUUGGAUUAAAGAUCGAUCAGUAUUCAAGGAAACCAGCAGUUUUGAAGAAUAAACAGGCUGCUGGUGCUACUCGUGAUUGGACAGAACAGGAAACUCUUUUGCUAUUAGAGGGACUAGAAUUACACAAAGAUGAUUGGAAUAAAGUGUGCGAACAUGUUGGUUCCAGAACGCAGGACGAAUGUAUAUUACAUUUCUUGAGACUUCCAAUAGAAGAUCCAUAUUUAGAAGAAGGUGGACCAGAAGGUUUAGGUCCAUUAGCUUAUCAACCGGUACCAUUUUCUAAAGCUGGUAAUCCAGUUAUGAGUACCGUAGCAUUUUUAGCCUCGGUCGUUGAUCCCAGAGUUGCUGCUAGUGCAGCCAAAGCUGCUAUGGAAGAAUUUGCAGCUAUUAAGGAUCAAGUACCAGCCGCUUUAUUAGAUCAACACUUGAGGAAUGUUCAAGCCAGUGCCAAUUCUGACGGCAAGUUUGAUCCAGCUGCAGGAUUGGCACAAUCAGGUAUAGCUGGAACGGGACCACCCGAGCCGCCAGAUGAUACAACAGCAGCUUCAGCUACUGGAAACGUAUCAGCUACAGUGGCUACAUCUCCACAUUCGACAACAACGGCUCCAAUAGAAACGAAGAAAGAGGAACAAGAAAAGCCUAAAGAAUCCGAUAUUGACCAAAGUCAAUUAGAUAUAACGAAGAAGGAAGAUGAGCUGAAAGAAACCGAAGAGGAUACGAAAUCGGCCGUGGAUAAUGAAACUAUGGAAGCGAAAGAAAAGAAAGACAAGGUGGUGCGAGAUGCUCAACUCCAAUCUGCAGCUGCCGCAGCGUUAGCAGCAGCUGCCGUUAAAGCGAAACAUUUAGCAGCUGUAGAAGAACGUAAAAUUAAAUCUUUGGUGGCACUACUUGUUGAAACGCAAAUGAAGAAGUUGGAAAUUAAAUUACGUCAUUUUGAAGAAUUGGAAACUACGAUGGAACGAGAACGCGAAGGUCUUGAAUAUCAGCGACAGCAACUCAUUACAGAAAGACAGCAAUUUCAUUUGGAACAGUUAAAAGCUGCAGAAUUCAGAGCCAGACAACAGGCGCAUCAACGUUUGGCGCAAGAGCAGCAACAACAGCAACAAAAUCAACAUCCGGCAUGGCAACCUACUGCGCAACAACAACAGCAACAACAACCACCAAGUCCGCAAGCACCGACACAACAACCACCAUCUCAUACACCUCCACAACAAGCAUAAUUUUUUCUCCCACAUCACAGAUGGAUCUUUUGGUGGCUGUUCUGGAUUAAGCGUAUGUAACGAAGACAUUAGAUG